UAUCUUUGAGCCAAAUGUGUAAUGAAUGUAGGGCAAGUGACAGUGGUGAAUUUACCGAGGUGACUAAAAGACGGUGCGGGCGUGUCAAAAAUCUCGUAACCUCGUUUGAUUUUAUGAAGAUAUGUAUCCUUGGUCCGUUGCUUUGUUCGUGGUGUGGGUGACGUCAGCGUUUUGCCAAGAAAAUGCAGGUAGUAACGUCGGUCCGGGACUUAUGGCGUGUUACAACGAUUCGGCUAUACCUGGGGUUCUAACAGCCAAUGGGCGACCACCCGCGACUAUCAAUAUCCUUAUAGAAUUUAUUAGGAAAUUAGAGGAUGCCAACCCAACAAUCAGCAGUCAGCAACUGGCACUUCAAUUAAUUCAGAGAUUUCGUCAGGAUGGAAUUACAAGGACGGAUAGGCCAAUAGAAAGUCAAUACGGCAUUCCUUUCGCUGCUAGAAGAGCCGAAACUUACAAGUUCCGGGUGAUGUCGACCAAAUUAUUGCCAAACGUCGAACAGACUAUCAGCAAUGGUGAUUUAAACGAGUUGGAGAGGUGUUCCCUGCACUACAUGAUAUCGAAUACCAUAGACGACAGAAUAAGGGAUAACGAGGCGUCGGAAUGCUCCAGAUCAUCCCGCUAUACAUCGAGGAUUAUCAGAAGACGACGGGAUGUGGAACUUUUAAACCCCGAUGGUCCCGAUUUAGGCGUUUUGUCAUUGCCACUCAAUGGAAGUCAAUGUCCCAUUGAAUUAGGGGUUGUGUACACCCAGUACGGCACGGUGAAAGCCGGCAACGUAUUGGCUGGAAUAGCGGCUGGGUUAAAUCAGCAGAAUAUAGAAAACGGAGUGGUCGAUAACAGAUUUGCCGCUACGAUAACAGGUGAGCUAUGCGAAGCGUCGUUAUAUCAAGCGAGCUCCACCGUAGCAUUGGGAGCAUCGGGGGGAUGGAACAGCACUAUAAACCCUCGUUAUUAUUUCCUCCACAAUAACAAUCAGCUUCAAGCUACCGAUGCCGAAAUACGAGGGGCAUUGGACGGGUUAUACAUGGCGCUUAGGGUGGCCAAUUUGCAAAACAGCGACAUAAAAAUCUCCCAAAUAUUGGACAUGUAUUAUUCGCCUUACCAAAAGGGCGUGCUGGAUAGUUCUUUCAAGGCCUGCAACAGGAACAUUUUGUAUACGGAAAUGACGUCGACGGAGAUGAUGCAGAACCAACUGUUGAAUUUUAUGCCAGUGUUAAAUACAGCUGCAGUUUCUGGUGCUUCUUUGACUAACGCGUCUUUUGCCAUAUUCACCCAGGCCGGUAUAACCGCUUUCCAGCAAUAUUUGCCUCAGAUCAACACCGCUGAUUUGAGUUGCACGUCAGAUUCGUCGGUGAUUACUAGAGUCGCUACGGACCUUCUCAUUUUCAUCGACCACGGUUGGAGUUACAACACAGUCCAGUCUAUUCUUUCGUACAUUUUAAGCAACAUCGACGUCAGUAGAUUUGGUACGCGAUAUGCUCUCUACAGUGGUAGCGACGCCCAAAACUUGCUGUUCUACAACACUACAAAUCGGACAAAUUAUUUGGCGGAUUUCUACCAAAAGUACAACCUGACUGUACAUCAAAACGCAAGCUCUGGAUUUAAUUACAUUACAGUUUUCGAGUCUAUCGAAAAUAUAGGUUACGAUAAGUUGAAUAAUAACACAUAUUCGGGUGGUGAGUCUACUGUUGUUCUACUGCUCCCCAGAGCAACGAUGUCUGAAGAUCAAAGAAAUUUCGUAUCCCAAAGGAGGCAAAUUAUGAAUCAAUAUUUGCCGGAUCUCAACAUUUUCGUCUUGGGAACUGGAACGCAAAAUGAUUAUGACACUAUCGUGUCUAAUCCGGCAAAAGAUGUAGUCGUUCUUCAAGACACAUCCAACGAGGAGUCUUUAAAAGGCUUUGGACAACAAAUUGUGAAUAAUAUCAAAAGCGUACCAAGGGCAGUGGUUAAUCCAUCUUGUACUUCUUCGUACAAUGGCCCAACGAACACGUUCGCCUUGAUACAAUACGUCGAGCCGUCAGGAGUGAACUAUUACCGAAUAUCACCGAAUUACUUCUACGGCGGCGGAGAUUCCAGGAAUCUUAAGAUAAGGGAAGAAGGAUACGGUUCAUUAACUAUUUGCUUCUCCAGAGACAACAGCAAACCGGAUAAUAGCAGUAAUUCAUGCCGAUCGAUAAGUAGUUCGGAAUAUAACGUCAACGUAAACGAUUACUGCGACGGUUCGGUAUCCUCCUGCUCCCCCAUAUAUCUUUCGGUGACCGGUGGAUCGACGAAUAUUAGAUGUAGAGAAACAGCGUGCAGGUUCCCAGAUGACAUCAAAUAUACUGUCUCCAUGGAGAACGUGGGAUGUGCGAGCGGAUCAAUAAUAUAUACUGCCAGUAUAGUAUUAGUCGCAGUAUUGAUUUUUUUACAGCGUUUUUGAUUUAGUUUUUUUAUGUAUUUCAACGUUUGUGCACAAACCUGCAGCAAUACAAACAUGAGCUUAUAUAUUUGCAUAAAAUGCCUUCCAGCCAUGCCAGUUUAUUUAUUUUAGAUGUUAUUGUUAAAAAUUGCUACAUUUCUGUUUUUUUUUAUUUUAUAAUGUUGGCCUAUGUGAUGUACAAGGAUUUUUAUUUGGUAAGAAUAC